CCUGGAUAUGGAUUGACGAUGCUGGUGAUGUCAGACGGUAUCACGAUAAUCAUGCUCCGCGAUUUUUUUAUUUUUUUUAAAAAAAUCUCACUCAACGUUCACUCAUUCUAAUUCAUCUUGUUUACAUUUACAGAACUGUAGGCAGUGAAUUUGCUGUUAAUGUGAUUAUGAGUACAUGCUUAAAUGACAAAAAAGGACCUGGUAAAUCCAAAAUAUCCGCUCCAAAUCCGGUCAUUAAAGAAAACCGCUCCAAACUCACAUUUCCCACGUCCCACACACGGACCGUUAAACAACAGUCGCCGCAGUAUCCGAGCUCCCCUCCAGACCUAUUUCCGUCUUUUCACUCUCCCCCCCCUCCCCCACAUAAAUCCUUCUUCCCUCUCUGGCAGAACUCACACACACAUACACAGACAGAAAUGGACGACGACAACGCGCCACCCUCUCCUCCUUCACUGAAAUCCAAAAUCAAGAAUUCACUCUGCUUCUCCUGCUGCUUCCGCCGCCGCCACCACUCCGACCACCGUCAAGUUCCGUGCUCGCCGUCGGAUGAGAAGCCCAAUUUGAUAUGGGUGAAGACAAACGCACCGCACGACUUGAAAGACGAAAUCAAAGACAAGUGCCUUGCGAUUCUGGGCCGGAUUGGGAAUAACGGAAGCGGCGGCGGCGGUGGUGGCCGGCACAAAAGACACUCUUCAACUGAGUUUAGAUACGACCCGUUGAGUUACGCGCUGAAUUUCGAAGAUGGGUUCGAUUAUGAUGAUGAUGAGUAUCCGUUGAGAAACUUCUCGGCAAGGCUACCGCCGCCCCCUUCUUCUCUGCCUGUUGAUCAACCGGCGGUGCCUCUUAGAGGAAUUACCGCUGUUUAAGUUAUGAACAGUUUGUCUUUUCUCCCUUGUUUUUGUUAUUUUAUCGAAUUUGUGUACAGAGGAAUGAAUUAGGCAGGGGUUAAAUGAAGGAGGAAAAUUAUUGUUUUAUUGUUUGUAUUUUGUCCAAUUUUGGUUGGUUUUUUGUUCAUAUUUUCUUCUUUUAGAAUUAUAGAAUGAAGUUUAAAGCCUAUUUCUUCUGUUACCACCGUAUUUGAGUGUUUUUGUCAGGGAUGUUUUUCUUUAGCAUUCAUUCAAUUCAAUUCAAUCCAAUUAUGCCCACUUUCACUUUGUACGGAAACCUGGAUACCAUAGGUUUGUUUCAUCACCAGUUCACAAACUGUAAGCAUUCAUUCAUUCAGCUAGUAUUACCUCACAAGAAUUACCUCAGUUGGUCGGAAUUAGUUGUCCAUUGAUCAUAAGUGUAGACUGUGGAGGAUAACAGUGUUGAGAAAAUGAUAUGAUGUUAGGAAAAUGUCCCUGUCAUCAUCUCCAGAAAAUGUCCCUGUGAUUAUCGGUGCCAAUUUGAAUUCAUCUUGUGAAACGAUUUUGUUUACAAAAUCCUGAACAUAUGUUUUUUGCUCUUUUUUGGGAUCGUUCUGAAAGUGCGGCAUAUUCAUCACUCACAAAAGGAAGAAAGCUACGUGAUCAUUGUCUUUAGUCUUUACGCCUCUUUUUAGUCUAACGUUAUCUUAUCAGCAGAAGGUUAUGAGUUUUUGGGUUUUGUCUUUUUGUACUUGCUAAUCCUAACACGAAAUUAAUGCAACCAAAAAAGAAAGAGAGGAAAUGACGUUGGCAAAAAUUGACGCUUUUUCCCUAAAAUGGUGAAAAAAAAGAGAAAGGAAUGCACAGAAACCGACAACAUUUACCCAUGUUGAUGAGUGGGAAAAAUAGCUUUGAAAAUCACAACCUUAACUUGGUCCAAGUAGGAGGAUUACAAUUUACAAAACUUGGGAAGUAGUAAUUUAGGGUCUGUUUGUUUCGUUUUUUCAUGGUUUUUUUCGGAUAUUAUCCUAAC